CGGAGGAGGCGGCCUCCCUGGCCAGGGGCGGCGGCAGGGGCGGCCCUGGGAUCACAUGGGCGGAGGCAGGUCCCGGAGGCCCGGGCGGGCUCUCCCCAGAGUCGGGCAGACGGCUGCGGCGGGAACGGCGGCGUCUCCUCGCCUCCCUCCUUCCCUUCCCUUCGUUCCCCAGCCCGGCCGCCCAGCCCGACAGAUAAGCCCAUCCUUCUUGCCGGAGCUGCUCGGAGGGCAGCAGGCCGCUGGCGGAGGUGGGAAGCCCAGCCUUGCCUACCUGGACCACACGGCCCGGGGCGCGGCAGGCAGCCAGGAGGUCCCUCUGAAGACCCUGACCUCACGUGGGCUAGCCGCCCCGUCCCCCAGCCAAGUACUUGAGAGUAUGGCGCUGACCGUGGACGUGGUGGGACCCGCACCCUGGGGCUUCCGCAUCUCGGGCGGCAGGGAUUUCCACACGCCUAUCAUGGUGACUAGGGUCACUGAGCAGGGCAAGGCCGAAGCCGCUGACCUCCGGCCUGGUGACAUUAUUGUGGCCAUCAAUGGUGAGAGCGCGAAGAGCAUGCUGCAUGCCGAGGCCCAGAGCAAGAUCCGCCAGAGCCCCUCGCCCCUGAGGCUGCAGCUGGACCGGCCUCAGGCUGCCUCUCCCGGGCAGACCAACGGGGAAAGCUCCCCCGAAGUGCUGGCCACUAGCUUCCAGGGCUCCAGGAGGACACACACCGACAGCCAGUCCUCCCUGCGGUCUUCCUGCUCCAGCCAGGCCUCCCUCAGCCCCCGGCCAGGCAGCCCCUUCUCCACCCUGCCCGCCACCAGCCCACAGGCCCCCGCGGGAGAGGUGGUGACCAGCCACAGUUUCCAGAGCCUGGCGUACUCCCCGGAACCUACUACUGCUGACCACUUGUCCUACAGGGGCCGCCCCGGAAGCCGACAGGCCGGCCUGGGCCCCGCUGGCGACUUGGCUGUGCUGGUGCUGCCGCCACCGCCUUCCCCAGGUCCCCGUUCCUCCAGCCCUAGGCUCAGGUACCACGUGGCCUCGGAAGGGGAAAGCCACCUCCUGAGAGAGGACUCAGAAGUCUUCAAGAUGCUGCAGGAAAAUCGCGAGGCACGGGUGGCCCCCCGGCAGUCCAGCUCUUUUCGGCUCUUGCAGGAAGCCCUGGAGGCUGAGGAGAGAGGUGGCACACCUGCCUUCCUGCCCAGCUCGCUGAGCCCCCAGUCCUCCCGGCCCACUUCCAGGGCCCUGGCCACCCCACCCAAGCUCCACACGUGUGAGAAGUGCAGCACCAGCAUCGCGAACCAGGCCGUGCGUAUCCAGGAGGGGCGGUACCGCCAUCCGGGCUGCUACGCCUGCGCCGACUGCGGGCUGAACCUGAAGAUGCGAGGGCACUUCUGGGUGGGGGACGAGCUGUACUGCGAGAAGCACGCCCGCCAGCGCUACUCCGCACCGCGCACCGUCAACUCCCAGGCCUGAGCGCCCGGCUGCGCUCUCAGACCGCCCUCCACUCUGCGGGCACCUCCGCACCGGGGCCGCGCCAAUAUCAAGUUGGCCUGGAAAGGCGAUGGGGGCUGGUGAGGCGCCUUCCUCCUCGCUGAGUGAGGCCGGAGGCUGGGACCUGCCUGUGCUGUGGGUGAGGGCAGCCUCACCUUCCCAGGUCUCUGCUGGAUACUCUCGCGUCCCCCUGCUGGACAGGCUCUGCAUCAAAGUGCGAAGUGGGUGCUGCCUUGGACACCUUUGUGUACCAGGGGUUAAGCAGGCUGGGACAUGGGAGAUAAGUAUCUGGAAGGAGAGGGCUGGGCCAGAGGCUACAGGUAUUGACUGUGUAAAGUUUUCAACAUACGAGCUCUAUAAAUAUAUACUGUACGUGGACAAAAUAAA